AUGAAGAAUAUCAAAGAUUUGAGAUCCACGGUUGGCCUACCAACAUGGAUGUUGACUUGGGAAAGAGCAUAUGCACCUGUAGGUUUUGGCAAAUAACAGGCAUGCCGUGUGUCCAUGCAUGUGCAACCAUCUCCAAGAUAAAUCGAAAUCCUGAGGAUUUUUGUCAUCAUUGGCUGACCAUGGAAGCCUAUAGAGAUACGUACAAGCACUCUCUCAAUCCAAUACCAGGACAAGAUCUUUGGGAGAGAAGUGAACAAAAUAGGUCCCAUGCACCUAAAAUGAAGCGAAAGCCAGGGCCGAUAACCCAAAAAGACGGAAAGAUGCUGAUGAAGAGCCAUCUAAUGUCAAGAAGUCAAAAACUGAAAUCAAGUUGAAGAGGAAAUACAAAGAAUUCACAUGUACUUACUGUGGUACGAGAGGGCAUACAAAGAGAAGUUGUGCUCAUAGGAAAGCUGAUGACCUUGCUAGUGCCCUUGUUAAUGCAGCAGCGACUGUUGUUGCAAAAGAGAAAGGUUCUAAGGUUGGAGAGACUAGAGAUCCAGCAAAUGCUGCUACUACUAACACCCAAGCUGCUGAGAUUAAUGAAAAUGCUCUAUUAGCACCAGGGCAAGCUGUUGAUGAUGCAAAUACUUCA